AUGAAAGCUUUUUUCUUUGUGAUCUUUGUGAUUUUAAGCACAAUAUCAUAUGCUUUUUCGAAAGGCAUUAAUACUUAUGAAUCAAAAGAAAACUUAAAUUUAUUUACUUCAAAAAAAAUUAGAAGUUAUAGCUCAUCAACCUAUUCUGAAUUAACUAGUUCCUUAUCAAGACGCUUAUUAUCUUCAUCCGCAUGGUUUAUUGUUUUAGACGAUGAUACUUCUAUGUAUAGUCUUAUCUUAGAAGAUUCUAUCACAACUGAAGAAAAAUGUAAAACAUACUUAAAAUAUUUAUGUGAAAAACUCAUAGGAAAACUACCAAAAGGAAAUUUUACUGAUAUACUAGAAAGACUAUGUGACUUAAAUAAAAGAAAUAGUUAUUGUGAGGGUCUAUUUACUAAGACAAGUACUAUUGGAAAGGACCUACUUACAAAAUGUAAUGGUAUAAAGGGAAAACUCAUUUAUUAUUAUUAUUUAGGUGAAGAUUUAUUUCUGGGAGAGAAGAAUACAAAAAUAGAAGCAGAGCACUGCGAAAAUUAUGGAACGUUAUGUGCAGUUUUUCAAAGAAUUUGUCGUGAUUUGAUUGGCGAUUUAUGUGCUAGAUUUAAUGGGCUUUGUUAUAAGAAAUAUACAAAAGAUAAUAAAAACAGCAUAUUAUUGAAAUUUAUAGGUGAAGAAAUAAUAACUAAUGAACUAGCACGUAAUAAUCCAAAACAUAACGAACUUGAAAACUAUAGUCAAUGUGUUGACAGUCUUCUUGACAAAUGUCAUUGUGUAACCUCUUUCGGGCCUACUAUGGUAGAAUCAUGUUUUGAAAUACAGGAUACAUGUAAACACCUUGCUCAAAGCGUUAUCUUUACUUGUCAAUGUUUUGACUAUUAUAUUAAAGAAUUUCUCUCAGAGGAUCUUCAUAUUACAGGCUAUAAGAAAGAUAUAGCCAGAAAUAAUUGCUCAUUGUUUGGCGUUUGCGAGAACUAUUUAUUAUUACAUUGUCGUAACCAAACAACAAAAAAUUUUUGCAAGUCAUUAAUAAAAGAAUGCACUAAAGAAAUUGAUCCAGAUAUGCUGUUUAUAAAUAACCUUUCUUUAGGAAAAUGCAGACCGACAUUUAAAGACAUAAAUUUGACUUUAUUUUUUUCUAACGAAAGAGAAAAUAGUGUUUCAUUACCUUAUAAAAAUCCAUAUCUUACUCUUCUUAUAAUAUUUGGAACAUCCUUAAUAAGACGUGGUUCCAGUUUAAAGGAAAAAUGUAAAAAAUUUCUUGAAUAUGGUUGCACUACUCAUGAACAUGUAUUUCCUAAUCUUGAUGCAUAUUGUAAAAGUAAACGAACUGAUGAAUGCGAUAAUUUAGAUAAAAGCAUCAAUGAUACAUGUAUCAAUUUAAACAAAACAUUUGAAAAUUUAGGUCUUACUUCUGCAAAUGGUGUUUGGACUAUACUAUGGAACAGCACUGCAAACAUUAUCACUACACCUCAAUGUCAAAUGUUUAUGGAAGAAUGCAUUUAUUUUGAACAUGUUUGUUCUGGUAUUAAAAGUCUAUGUGAAAAUGUAAAAGCUCUAUGUUAUACGCUGGGUGUGAAAAGAUUUCACUUGAAUAAUUUUUGGAAAAAACUCAAAGAAAAAUUAUCACCCAGUGAUUUUAGAAUUUUUAAUCAAUCUCAUCUACCUCAAUCUUCUGAUACUUCUAAGUUGCACCAGCCUAUUCUAGAUAUAUGUGCUGAGUUUGGAGGAACUAACGAGGUCUUAUUUAGAUGGUGUUUACACCCUACCCCUAAUCACCCCCCUCCCCCCGCCUCGAUAACUUCCCCAGGUAACUUACUUGAUAGAUUAUUUCAUGAUUUUUCAGCAAGGUAUGGUGAUUUAAAGAGAGGCUUACUAUAUGUAUCAGAACCUCCUACUUUAACGGAAUGUGCAUCUUAUGUUUAUGAAUGUCACAGUUUAUCAGACAUUUUUAAGAAUAUUACUAAUUGUACAAUGCUGGAAGAAGCAUGUUACAGUGGUCACAUAAACUAUAGUAAACUUAAAGAUUCUACGCUUAGUAAGUCGGCUUGA